UGUUCAUCACGUAAAUAUGAUUUCUUCGUUUUUGAAGUUUUUGUUUAAAAUUUUGUAAAAUACCCACUGUGUUUACAUAUGUAAUUUACUAUUAUAUUGAUAUAUGAUAAAUCCCGCCAAAAGCAACAGAUACUAACAAACAUCCCAACAAACCGGUGACACAUGUUCAGUUCCUUCUUUAACAGCUGUAACCAACCGUCUUCAGUAUAAAUACCCCCUCCCCUCCCCUCGCUUUUCUCUCUCGUUUCCCUCUUUCCUUGUUCAAGCUCUCUCUUCUCCAUGGAGAUUUCUCUCCGAGCAACCUUAUUGCUUUCUCUCUCAUUUUGCACGCUCUGCGUCUCGCGAGGAACCGCCAUUGAAGGUCUCGAGUCCAGCUUUACAAACUAUCCACAGUCACCGACAACAGCCCCACCACCACUCUUCGCUUCCUCACCACCACCGCGACUAUCACCUCCGUGGUCUAAAGAUGUCCGUGACCACUCCUCCUUACACACGGCUAUCUUGAGCCCCAUCCUCUCACACCUUGGCUACAAUGAGUUCGCUGUCGCCGCACAUUCUCUGGCUUCAGAUUCCUCCUUUAACACCUGGUCUGGCCCUUACACUCUCUUUGCGCCAUCUGAUUCCUCGGUCCGUACAUGCAACUCUUGCUCGGUGCCUUCUCUCCUCCGGGAGCACAUGGUUCCUGGCCUCUUCACCGUCGAUUAUCUACGCAGACUUGCUUUCGGUACCAAGAUCGAGACACUGAGCUCUGGCCGCUGCAUCACCGUCACCUCCUCCAAGAAAAACGCCACCACGGCCCCCAAGGUUUUCAUCGGAGGCGUUGCGAUUACGCAUCCCGAUCUGUUCAACAACGGCCUUGUUGUCAUCCACGGAAUCCAAGGCUACGUCUCUCAUCUCUCGCCCUUGUCCUGCGAUGUGCAGCGGAUUAGCUCUAUUUCCUUCCCAGUCCAGCACGAUCGCAGUCACCAGAGCCGUUCGCAGCCUGGCGCCCCUACUAUGCGCCUCAUGCUCAGGGACGCCAUUCUCAGGCUCCGCAACAACGGUUUCACCAUGCUAUCCCUCGCCAUGAAGGUCAAGUACCCGCAGCUUGUGAGUCUCAGCAAUAUGACUGUCUUUGCUCUUGACGACGCCUCCAUAUUCUCCGGUUCCUACACUUACCUCAGUAACGUCAGGUUCCACAUCGUGCCAAAUCAAUACUUCACCAUUGCAGAGCUUGAGAAGCUUCCGUUGGGAACAAUGCUGCCGACAAUGGAGAGGUGCCAGGAUCUGGUGGUGACAACUGCAGGGGGAACGUCUGCCCCCAUGAGAAUCAACUAUGUGAAGGUGAAGGUACCUGAUGUGAUGCAAAACCUCAAGAUUGUUGUGCACAGCGUCUACUCGCCGUUUCCUCAUGUCCAUCCCGUGACUGCUGUGCAUGAAGACAUGCUACCAGAAGCCAGAUUGGACGCUAGAGAUCAUCCUGCUGUUGAUCGCACGGUGAAUGGUGGUUGCUCAGUUCUGGAUGAGUAUGGCAGAUGUGAUGUCAUCUCCUUGCCUCGUUUCAAGCCAACACUGGACAUUGAAGAUCACCAUAUGUGACGUGUGUGUUUACCAUUAUCGCGGUGCAUUUUCUUGGUGAAAAUCAUUUCACUUCGUUGUUAAUUGAUGAUGCUUUUUCUUUUUCCUUUUCCCAUGGUCUUUUACCUUUUUUCUUCGAGGAUGAGAACGGUUUGUUCUCGACUGUUCUGAUGGAUAUCUCUGGCAGUAGUCUGCUUUGAGUCUUUUUCUAGUGUCAGUUCGUCUGAGUGUUAAACAGCGCUUUUUGCAUAAUUGGGUCCUGAAAGCUCUGAAGUAGAGAACGUAGUUUUUCUUUUGGACGGGAAAGCAGAAUCCAGUUAGAAGUUUGUUGCAUCCAUGUUUGGGACAUACCUGCUUCUUUUUUCCCCGAUUUGGAACAGAACGAGG